CGUAUCUGGUCAUCCCUCUUUUCACUUUCCAUUUACAGACCAAAAGAAAAACCUAAGAAAAGAAAACGAAAGAGAGUGAAGAAGAAAGUAUUAAUUAUCUGAUAAUAAUAAUAAUCUUGGAAGAUCAAACAAACUACAACAAGGAAUGGGGUAUCUUCAACUUCUUAUUCAACAAUCAAUUGAAGAUUCUUCGUCUUCUCCAACGAUUCAAAAUUCUCUGAAUCUUCUCAUUCCUUAAUUCAAUCAACAGCUUCUUCUCAAACCCUUCCAGGUACAGUAAAAAAACAACUUACUUUAAUAUAAUCAUUUCUGCAAAAAACCCAGUUUGGAUUCAAGCUUAUUUCAGUUUUUAUAUAGAGAAAUUGUUUCACUUUGAUCAAGGGUUAGGAGAGUUUGCCCUAGAUUUUUUUUAUGUUGAAUUCUUAUAUGCUGGUUGGUAACUAUUAGGUAAAAAGCAUCAUCAUGGAAGAAAGUACAAGUCAGUUUGAUUCUUUAGGUGCUGAUGAGAAUGAGAUAUUUGGAGAUGUGGCUGAAGCUGAAUGUGAAUUAGUACUAGGAGUAGACAAGGUUGUAAGUCCUACUCAUGAUACUGCUACUGAUAAUAAUAAUACUCAGAAUCAUAGUCAUUGUGAUACCCAUAGUCAUGAUACUACUGAUAAUACUACUCAUGAUCAUGUUCAUAAUCGCGAAGAAGCGACGACAUCAUCGUCUACUUGUUUUACUAAACCAUUUGUUGGGAUGGAAUUUGAAACACUGCAAAAGGCAUUUCUUUUCUAUAAUGAGUAUGCUGCUAUUGUGGGGUUUAGUGUUAGAAAGGAUAAAACCCGUAAAUCAAAUAUAGAUGGGUCGUAUCUGUUUCGGCGGUUCUGUUGUUCUAAGGAAGGUUAUCCACGGAAAAGCCUUGAGAAUGGUGGUAACGGGGUUAAUACUAACAUUGGUAUAGGAAUGCAAGUCAAAGAUGGUAUGUUAGUGAAAAUGGAGGCGGCACGGAUUCAACCAGUUCCUAGGGUUGGUCGAAGAGCGAAGUUAGAUAUGAAGAGAAGGGCGGAAAUUCAGCAGAGAAUGAGGGUAGGUUGUAAUGCUAGGUUAGACGUGAAAAGAACAACUGACGGAAGAUGGAUUGUACAGAAAUUUGUUGAAGAACAUAACCAUGAAUGUGUUAGUCUGGAUGAAACUCAUUUGUUGAGGUCUCAUAGAAGUAGACGAGCUGCUAGAGCACUGCUUGACAGAAAUGGAGUCGGGGGACUUCCUUCCUCGGAAGAACGUAUAAUCAAUGAAGUUCCAAAACCAUCUGUUGGAAUGGAGUUCGAGUCUCCUCAUAAAGCAUAUCUCUUUUACAACGCAUAUGCCAGGACUCUCGGUUUCGUUGUACGUAAGGAUAAAACGCGAAGAUCAAAUAUUGAUGGUUCGCUUUUAUUUCGUCGACUUUGUUGUUCUAAGGAAGGUUAUCGUAGGAAAAACUGUGAAAAUGAUGACAAUGACAGGAAACAAAUGAUAGGCGGUGUCAUUGUGAAGGUGAGGACGCGGAUUUUGCCAGUUACAAGGGUAGGUUGCAAUGCAAAAUUAGAAGUUAAAAAAAGUACUGAUGGUAAGUGGGUUGUCCAAAAAUUUAUCGAAGAGCAUAAUCACAAACUUGAUCGUUUGGGAGACAUGCUUUUGUUCAAGACACAUAAACUUGAUGAACCAGACCAGGAGGAGCUACUCGAUUCUGUGACAGAUGGGAGUGCAAGACCUAAAAAAGUGUCAUCAUACAUUAUGUCAGAAGCUGGUGGAAGUGAGAAGAUUAGUUUCAUUGAAGCACGUCUAAGAAAUCGCAUGAAGAAAAAGAAGAGGAGGAAACUCGAAAAGGGUGACACACAGAUCAUCCUCAAUUAUUUCAGGCAGAUGCAAGCAGAAAACCCAGCAUUCUUUUAUGCUAUACAAGUUGAUGAAGAGGAUCAGAUGUCAAGCUGCUUCUGGGCCGAUGCAAGGUCGCGAUCAGAUUUUGGUCACUUCGGAGAUGUUGUGUAUUUUGAGACAACCUAUGGGGCUAACACGUGUGGUCGACCAUUUACUCCACUUUUGGGCGUAAAUAAUCACCUACAAGCAGUCUUGUUUGGUUGUGCAAUUAUACUGAACGAAACAGAGGAGUCUUUUGCCUGGUUGUUAGAGACACUGUUGAAGGCAAUGUAUGGGCGCCAUCCAGUAACUGUAAUUACUGAUCAAGAUGCAGAAAUGGAAAAGGCAAUUGGGCAACUUUUACCAGGAACCAAUCACUCUUUAAGUUUAUGGCAUAUCUUGCAAAAUACGGCAAAAAAUCUGAGUCAUUUGUACAACAAAGAUGACAUCUUUAGUACUGAUUUUAAGAAUUGCAUCUACGAGCCCCAGUUGUGUGAGGAGUUUGAGUCAAGGUGGGAAUCACUUCUCGAUAAAUUUGAUCUUCGUGAUAACGAGUGGCUUGGUUACUUGUACAUAAGAAGACAUAAAUGGGUUCCGGUUUAUGCUAAGCACAUUUUUCAUGCACACACAAUGUCGAUUGAACGAAAUGAAAGUAUGCACUCAUUCUUCAAAGGAUACGUCCUGAGCAAGGCACUUCCUAUGACUGAGUUUAUUAAUCAGUAUGAAAAGGCCAUUUUUGAUAGUCGUAAAAAGGAAACUUAUGAAGACUCCAUCUCCCGGCAAACACGCCCAGUUUUGAAGUCUGAACUUCCAUUGGAAAAACAAGCAGCAGAGAGUUACACUAGAUUAGUAUUUCAAGAGUUCCAUAAAGAGUUUACUGACAGUUUUAACUACAUGGCUGUAGAAACGGAAACGCUGGGGACAAUCAAAAUGUUUUUGGUUUCAAGGUGGGGGCAGAACAGCAAUUGGAUGGUUAAAUUUGAUUCCUGUGAUAAUGAUACGAAGGUGACUUGUAGUUGCCAGAAUUUUGAGUCUGCAGGCAUUCUAUGCCGGCAUAUAUUAAAAGUUUUCACAGCUACUAAUGUUAUGUUGAUUCCAGACGUCUACAUUAGAAAGAGGUGGACAAAAAGAGCAAAGUGUGGCAUGCCUUCACACAAAAAUGAGAGUGUGGCGGGAUCUGAAUGUGAAAGUUCAUUCGCUUUACGCUACAGAAAUCUUUGCCAAUUAGCUCUUACCCUUUCUGCUAAAGGUGCAUUGUCUUUUAAGGCGUACCAAACAGCAAGUUGUGCUGUUGAAAUGAAACUACGAGAAGUGGAAAAAGUUCCUGAGGGCGAUAUAAUUGUCUCACGUCUUGAUGUUCAGGGGACCAGUGCUUCUCACUCUCCCAUUGAAGCUGUUAACAACAAUGAGAUUUCAAACCGCCUUGUCUGUGAAGACAACCCUACAGUAGCUUCAGGUAGCCAAAUAGCUUCAUCUGAUCCGCCACGUGUUAGACCAAGAGGACGUCCACCCAAAAAGGUUAUGCCUUCAUUGCUAGAGAACCAUAGGAAAAAGAAAGCCAGAACAGAACCUGAAUCAAGUGAGCAUAAUGGGGUGCAUUCACAUCCAAGGAAUGAGGCAAUUGCCUCGGAACCAAUCGUCCCUUGCAAUUUUGGAGGUAAAGAUGGACAAGAGGCUCAUAACAGCACUAGACUAUCGACUCUGUGCCCAAACAUAUGCGUGUACGUUCCUGGACCUGCGGGUGAUCUUAAUGACCAAUAUCAUUCUACGGACACUUCUGGAUUUGGGGAACCAUUUGCUGGGCUAUCAUGCAUCCAAUCCUCCGAACAUAAUAUUUUUGACCUUAAUCAGGAGUUAACUGUUGGCCCUGCGAGCAUUCCCAAUCCCCAAACAUUUCAGGAGUUAACUGUUGGCCCUGCUAGCAUUCCGAAUCCUCAAACGAGUCAUUUUGACCUCAAUCAUCAGGUCAAUCAUGUCGCCCGCCCACCAUUGGAUUCUCGGGUUUUACCUUCCUCGGGGUGGUUCAAACUCAACUUUGGUGGGUGUAGUAAAGAAAUCUAUUUUGAAGACAGUGAUAGAAGAAGAAUUGGAGGCUAUGGUGGUGCAGUUUCUUUAAGCGAUGGAUCGAUCAUUAAAUCAUAUGCUGGAUCAGCUGCAGAAGUUCAAGCAGUGGAGGCAGAAAUAUUAGGGCUUUGGAAUGGGUUGAAAUUGCUCUCGGCCCUGCCAUCUGGUCCAGUAUGGAUCGAGGGGGACUCUGAGCAUGUCAUCAAAUGGUUGAGAAGGGAGAGUGAGAUUCCUUGGAGGUUUACCCCAAUGUUUUUCGAGAUAGAGGCGAUUAUGUCCAGAUUGGUCUUAGGUCGCAUCACUCACAUUCACCAAGAAGGAAAUUCCGUGGCUGGUAAGCUUGCAAAUGAAGGGUUAUCCAAGGAUUCUUUGGUUAUUUGGGAUCAAAUGCCAAGUUUGUAAUUUAGCGUUCUUGGGUUCCCUCAUUUGUAAAUCAUGUUUUUAUUGCAAUGAAUUACAAAGAAGGAAUGAAUGGAAAUUUCGGAAUUUUGAAUUCCACGCCA